AGCCGGCGGACGCACGAAGAAAUCGCCAGGCCUUUUGUUGGACAUCUGACGUAAAAUAUCGCGGGGAAGUGGCAACGACCCCACCUCGACGAAGAAGCUCCGGCUCGGAAAACCUAAAACCGAACGGACGAGAGCCGCCGUCUUGGUGAAUCGCUCGCGAGCAACCGGCGACCGAACAACGGACGGGCCUUGCGACGUUUUUUGGGUCUUGCACACCGAGAGUGAGCGCGAUCAGCUGUCGGGGACGACGCGGACCUGUUGCACACAGACACACACUAAUCGGGACAGUCGGAGAUUAAUUUGUUCGUAUUGCGGAACUGUUGUGCGAUUUCAUUUUUGUGAUUGUGCUGUUGUUGUUGUUAUUGUGAAAUGGUUUUUAUUGUACUGUUCGCCGUUUUCGGCGUCACGCUUGCGGAUGUUGCAGGCGUGAAAAACUUGAUGGGCGAACCGGAUUACCGUCAGGUCCGCUUGCACUGGGAGACCGACGCCGGAUCGGUGCCGAAGAACGGCUACAACGUCCGGUACUGCGAGCUGCAGACGUGGGGUGCCCAGAGAUGUCGAUCUCAGCCGGUCAAAGAGGCCGAAGCCGGCGACAACCACAUCGAAACCGGCGACGACACCAAAUCGUUCGCCGCCGACAUCAAAGGGUUGAGGAUGGCCACCACCUACUCGUUCGAAAUCAAACCGGUGAAGGACGUGCCUGAGAGGGAGGACCGAUCCGAGGGCGACGACAAGAACCAGAACAUCAUCGUGAUACCGACCAAAGGAUUUUCGGCGAAGGCGACCCAGUGUUUGCCGCAGGCCAGCGAGAUCGAAGUGUCGACCGGUCCGCAUUUCGGCGGCAGGAUAGCCGUGGAGGCGGCGGACGGGGAGAGAUGCGCCAUCGACGGCGACAUCACCAGUCCCCGGGACGUGUACACCCUACGCAUCAACCACACCGAGUGCGGCAGCCAGGUGAACGAAACCACCGUCGCCACCUUCGUCAUAGUCCAAGAGAACCUGCCCAUACUCACCCACAGCACUAGGAGGUUCCUGGUGCUGUGCUCGUACCAGCCCGAAACGCUGACUGUUAGGGCCGGCAUCAAUUUACCGACGGCGGGACGUGGCCAGGCCCAAAUGGCACCGUACGACGAGGACAACAGUCUGGGCCGAAGAUCACGUAAUUACAGAACUGGUCGGCUGAUGCAAAAACCAGAAGCUCUCGUGAAACCCGACAAUGAGGUCUUCCAUUCGGCUCCCGUACGACAGAAGACCGAAAUCGUACCGAUAUUCGUGAUCACGAUGCUGGCGAUAGCCGGCAUCAUCGGCAUCGUGGCCAUAGCCCUCAAACUGACCAGCAAACGUCUGCUGGACGAGCUGGACAACGUGUCCAUCGCCUCGGAACUCUCCACCAGCAGCUGCAGCACCGUCACCGACCUGGACAUCGUGUGCGAGAACAAGAACCAGCCGCGCAAAACCGAAAAAUAAAGACUCAAAAAACGAGUACAAACAGAAAAAAAAAUUAAGUUAUUUUUCGCAUUUAUUCAUAUUAAUAAAAAGUGAUUUGUACACGGCGCCGCUCGGAUGGCGUUCAAAUCGGGUGAUAGCUCCGCCAGGUGAUGUAGUAACACUUCUUCUCCUUUACAAUGUAAUUGCAUUCCAUUCGUAUAAAUGCGAACGAGGAAGCAGGUUUCGCUACGUUACCACGUGAUUUCUGUAUCCUUAACCAAGUAUUAUUUAUUGACUUUUGGGAGAUGAUAUUCAAUGAAAAAAUUUAAUUGUUCUCUCGAAACGUUGAGCGUGUGCAAGCUUUAAAUUAAAUUUAUGUGCACUGUAAUGGUUGUUUUGCGAAUGCAUUUACUCCGCUGUUCUUGUACUAUUGCGUAUUUUUAUAUACUAGGUGUUCUUGUUCCUUUACUCUCAGCCAUGUACUGAAAUUAAAGCGUUUGAGUUGAACACCGGGUAUAGUAUGCAAUUGGCUAUUAUUUAAUAAUUUAUUAUUAUGUAAUAAGAUGAUCCACUGUAUGUUUAAGGUUUUUUUAAUAAAAUUUACUUAAUGCUACGGGUUU